UUACAAUAUAUAAAUGGUAUAAGAUUUUGGCAUAUAGUUUGGCCUUUUCUUUCCGAACAGCUCAAAGCUAAUGUUCGAGUUAUUUUUAAUCGUUCGCGAUAUGAUUUUCCGACCGACAAAUAUUGUCCAUUGUUCAUCUGUUGCAUAAACCUUUUACAUAACUUUUCUGUCGAUGCAGGGCUCCAUGCGCUGAAUUCAUUGGAAAUACCAACAUUUUAAUUUUUUAACAAACACACAACAGUUAUUCGGAAAUGGACAUAGAAAGAACCCCGAGCCACGACCUAAAAUGCACGAUAUGCAAAAAUUACCUCAACAUCGCCCCGAUAGUGACUUCAGAUGAUGGCAAAGUAACGAAAUGUGGCAGAUGUCAGUACAAAGGACCAGCUUUGAACAACAGAAAUAGUUUGUACGAAUCGAUAGGUUCAAAAUUAAAAUUCCCCUGUAUGAACGAAGAAUGCAAAACUAGAUUAGCCUGGUCGGAAGUACAACGACACGAAAAGUCCUGCCAAUAUCGUAAAGUAUCCUGCCCGUUCUACAACUGCAGAGACAAGGACGUAUCGUUUGUUUUGCUGAGCGAUGUUGGACAUUUCGAGAGCUGUCAUCCGGGCGUGAUGCACUACGGACCAAUUACGUUGAACUUUAAAAUCGUCAUCCAUCACCAAUCAUUUCUAAAGUUGUUAAUCAUCAACGAUGUACCGUUUUUGAUGUUCAUACAUUGUCUCAAAUUUGGCGAAGCCGCUGUUCUGAUAGGCGUAUUCUCGUGCGACAGCAAAUCGUACGACUACGAAAUCCGAAUUCGUUCGGAUACCGAGAAUCAGCGACAAGUCGUUAUGAAAGAGAAAGUUCGGCUGUACGAUGAAAACCUGCAUUGCCUUUACUGCUUACAGAACAUCUGCUUUCUCGAAACCCAUAAAUAUUCCAAAAAAUAUCCCGACAAUCAAAGCAAAAAGUAUAAAUACUAUUCGAAUAUCGACAUAACGUCGGCCAAAACUUUGCUGAAAGCCGAAAAUUUAAUGUUCGACGUCAGCGUACAAGAACACGAAGAGGGGGAAAAGAACAGUAUUAUCAGUAGAAAUAGCGACUAGUUUUUAAUCAUUAACUGUUUUCUUAUUUUUACGAUACCUAUUUUGUAAGUGUUAUUUCCUUAUAUAUGUAUAAGUGUUUUGUGAUAGUUUUGACACCGUGAGUUGUUUUACAUUAUAGUUACGAUAUGUACCUCUUCGUAAAAUAUAUUCCAAGAAUUUUAUGACCAAACAAAUAUAGUUACUGUUGAAUAAAUAUUUCUUUUAA